GGACGAUGGUCAAUUGGAGAAACAAGAGUCUGCUUCGAGAAUUGAGAAUCACUGAUACCAGAUCGUGUCGCACAGAACAGGUGUACCAUAAGAAAGCGACCAAUCGGAGUCGGUGAUGGCCAGUUCGUCAUCAACACACGAGGUAAUCGUCAAUGGACGUCAGUAGAACGGGGUGGGGCGGAAAGGGAGGAAAAUACGAAGCAGCGAGGGCUGUCAAGACACCUCGCCCACAAAAACCAGAUGCAGAUGCGACCGGGCGGUGAACACGUGCGACAUCUUUUUUUUUUGUUGCCAUCACGAUCGCGUGAACACGCGGUGCAAUGUUCAAAAAGUUGUCGCGGAGCGACGCCCUCGAGGAUAUAUCCAACUGGAGCACCAGCGAUGUAUUGUGCCUGCUCCGAAAGAAUCGUGAGACUGGAAUACAAAAAAAAAAAAAGUCACUGAAACUCCUGUUUAAACAUACUGGAGUAAUGAAAAAUGGUCUGGAGGAAUGUUGCAAAGCCAUCACAAAACGACAGGUUGACGGUGACGAACUACUGCACUUGACGGAAGGGAAGCUGGCGUUGUGGAAGAGUGACCUCACGCGUCCAUUGAUAUGGAGUUUGUGGACAUUUGUGGAGGAAGUGAAGAAGUCACCUGAAAAAUUCGUAGAGGAAAAGAUCCUUGAGAGUCAAUCGAACGAGGACCACUUGAGCGACACUGGCUCCUGGGGGACUGACUUCGAGGACGAAGCAAACGAGGAAAGUGUCUUUCCGGAAAUUCAAAGAAUAUCUCAGCCAAAUUAUGAGCCUAUAAGUAAUCAUAAAGCUUCAGAAAAUAACGCAGACUUUAAACAAGAAGAUAUACGAGCAGAGGAAAUCUCUAGACAAGAGGAAGAAGGAACUUAUGCCAAUUGCGGCCCCGUGCAGGAUGACGAAAGCGCGUAUGCGAAUUGUCAAGAGUCAAGCACUAUACCAUUGAGGAAUACGUCCAGGCUGCAUAGUCAAACGGAGAAAUCUUUGGCCGAGCAACUGAAAGAGCAACUGAAAUUUAGAAAUACUAAAAAGCCAGUAAUAGCAACGAAGUCCGAAGCGUUGAAAGGGGAAAACGUGGAGGUCUCGGUUCUGAAUGUUACUCAACCGCGGAAAUCGUUCCUUCACAAUGUGUCGAAGUCCAAGGCAAACAACCCUAGUCAAAAAAGGAUGUCGGUGCCGCCUCCGCCACAGCCGAAAAAGAACAAAGACCAAACGAUCAUUGAAAGAUCGAGCAAAGAUCAACCAAAGCCUCCGGCAACGCUUAGGAACCUCGAUCUGGUCGCGAAUUUGCCUACAAGAACAGAAGAAAGCGAGGACGAAUACGAAACGUUCGAUGAACAAAUAAUUGAACAAAAUCAAAGGAAGAACAUGUUGAAGGUAGACAGCAAGCAAUCAUUGAGCAGCGGUCAUCAGAGUUCUGCGGAGAGUGUUUAUCAACCGCCAAGUAUUACAAGUUACGAGGAGGACGAAGAACACUAUAAAAUUUACGAAUCGAUUACGGAAACACCAGAUGAUAGCGGAUACUAUUUAAAUCCCACUCAAAAGUCAACGAAUAUAGAAACACCCCCACCACUACCAGCGAAACCUCCCCAGGCAUCGACUACCCCCUCUCCAACUUUAAAUCAAACAGACCUGGACAAACUGAAAGAGAGAUCUCCCGACAAAAAAUCGGCCACGUUGCCUCACUCUAAUAGCAACACUUCCUUAUCGUCGGAAAGGGCUACGAGACCAUUGCCUCCACCGCCUGAAAGACAAUCGUACGUUGAUAAGCCGUGGUUCCACAAUGUCACCAGAGAACAAGCAACAGCUCUUAUCAAGGAACAAAGUACUUACGGCAACCCUCAAGACGGACACUUCCUUUUGAGACCGUCUACAACAAAUGUGAACAAUCCCUUGGCUCUGGUGCUCUGGUACAAGGAUAGAGUGUAUAAUGUUCCAGUCAGAAAAAGGCCUGACAAUAGGUAUGCAUUAGGAUCAGCGAAAGUAAAUGAGAAAUCGUUCUCGAACGUCGAGGAAAUCGUGAUGUUUUACACGAGGGAGGAGCUAGUGCUCCACAGCGGUGGCGUUGAAAUGGGAAGCACGAAAUUAACAGACACUCCGGCCAAAUGAACUUUUAAAAUCUUUCACACACCAGCUUGUGCAACGCAAACACUGCCUAAAUAAGAAUUUCAAGAGGAAUUCAAAAUCAAAUGAUGGUUUACAUGUAUUUGUUUCAACAAGUGCCUUUUAUACUCACGACCCAUCGAAUUUGUAUAUUUUUUAUAAGGUUCGAAUGAAUCGUCUUAUGUACGCGAUGAAUACGUGACGAAUCGUAAUACAUACGUGGAGAAAUAUUUAGUGUUUACAAAAAUGUCUCUCAUGAUAUGAAUUGCAUAUAUUUUUAAUACAAACAGUAUUUUAAUGUUGAAUUUGCGAAUUGAAAUACGAGGAGUAUAUCGAUGCAUGCUUGUUGCCAUUUUGCAACGGAAAGAACAAUCAUUUUGUAUACAUAUCAAUAUUAUAAUUUGCGUUCUUGUACACUCGUUUGUACGGUUUUACAAGAUAAUUCAAUUAUAUAAGUUAAGCAAUGAAUAUAAUGCUGCGAAUUUGUAAAUAAGACCUUUCUUUGAUAAUAAAAUCUUGAGGUACUGUCGAGAAAGAUUCGUACCGCGUCUUGUUCGAUUUAUUAUAAUUUAAAGAAAUAAAUUUAAUUCAGUUCAAACAAAAAGUAACAAUUCUUCGUUGCUACUGAUUGCAUAAAAAAAAAUAUUUAAGUACAAAAAUUGAAUGUGCAAGUAACUGUUACUAUUGAGUGAGAAUAAUGUGUUCCGCAAUUUACAAGAUAAUUCGGAAUAACUCUCUUCGAUAUAUAUAGAUAUAUUUCAAGAAUUUAUGGAAAAUCAAAGGAAAUAUUGUAGUCAAAAAAGCAUUAAAGCUUCAACAUCAUUCUUUUUCUUAAUUGACAUGUAUAGUGUCAAUGUUAAAUAGGUCAAGGAAGAACAAGGAUCAGAAACUACAAGUUUAAGGUCAAAUUCAAUAUUUUACUUUGCUAUGAUUUUUUUAAUAUUCUACUUUGCUAUGAUAAUGACACUUAAUUACGCGUAAUUGACAUUAAUUACUUACUAGACUGCUAAGUGCCAUAUUUAAAUGAACACAAAUGGCCUUGAAACUGGUUUCUUGUUUUUAUAUUUAAUUACUUUUGAGACUCGAUGUACUUCCCGAUAUGUAUUUAUAUCGGAACGUAGAUUAAUAAAAGUCAACCAGUAGAUUGUGAAUCUGUGCAUUUACAUUUUGUCA